CGUCAGUGCCUCUCGCGUUCUCGCACUGGGAACAACUCCGACUCGGUUCCGCCGCCGCGUCUCAUCUUCGCAAUUUUUUCCCCCUUUCUUCCCCCAGUGUCUCUGCGUGAUCCAUCGGAAUAUACGCUGUCUGCUACGUAUCACCUAUAUCGACAUUUAACCAAAAGAAAAAGAAAAAAAAAAAGGAAAAGUGAAAAUACCUUUUUCUAAGGGCGUCGAGAAAGCUGAGUCCGAAAGGAGACCGAACAAUCCGACUCCAAAUGAGAGUUUCGAGUGGUUAGAGCGAGAACACCGCGUCGUCCCUUUCUUCCCACCUUCCUUCUCCCUUUUCCCUAUUUUUCCUCCCCCUUUCGCUCCAUUCCCUUCGUUCAGACCUUUCAAGAGCCUCAGCAAGAUUCAUCGGGCGAUUUGACAUGGAGACCGGAAUCCGGAGACUGCUUCUCUGCUGGAUAUAUGUUUUUAGUGUGGCAGGAGCGAACGUUCAAAGCAAAGUGAGAUGCUCGGAGCAGUGGAUGGAGGUUGACAUCGUGAGGAGCAGCCCGCAAGCGAGGAUAUAUCUGCAACAGAUGAAGGACUUUCCAGACGAAGCUUGCAAACCACGGCUUAGCAACGGCGUCGCCACGUUCCGAUUACCGCUGUUAGAGCAAGACAUGUUGCGAUGCGGUAUCACGAGGGUCGUUAACAAAGUCACGGGUCAGAAGGUGUACUUUCAUCGGAUAAUAGUGGAGGAGCCCGCGGAUUCCAGCAAGCAUACGUUCACUGUAAAGUGUGUUAUCACCGAAGUCGUUGUGAAACCUGGAAUCUCGAUCCAAGCCAAUCACACCGCGGUACGACGGAGCGUUCUUCCAGCAGGUUUCCAGGAACCAGACGUGAUCGACAUCAGGGGAGAGAUCUCCGAGUCGGCACCGGUACCGAUACUGGGAGUCGGCGUCAGGCAAGGUGGCAAUCUCGUCACCGGAGAGUUAAACGUCAGUCCAGGAACGCCUUUACAGAUGGAGAUUUUCUUGGACAAUGGCUCAGCGUCUGUUUAUGGACUUCUGGUCACAUAUAUGUUGGUCACGGACACCAAGUCGCAGGAGGAAACUAUUAUCAUCAAUGGAUGUUCCGUGGAUCCGUACUUAUUCGAAAACUUCAACACGGUAGACGGUGACUUUCUGACAGCGAAAUUCCGGGCUUUCAAGUUCCCAGAAAGCACUUACGUUCAGUUUCGUGGCACUGUUAACGUCUGUCUGGACAAGUGCCAAGGGAUCGAGUGCAGCAACGGCCAAAUUGGAUUCGGGAGGAAGAGAAGAGCCAUCGAUGUCUCAAAUACUGACAACAACAAGCUUUUCGAAGUGACUAUGUCCGCUCUUAUUAAAGUGGACUUUGAAGAAGACGCGGUGGUCGAUAAAGCUCUGUCCGAGUUGUACAUCAGAAGAGGGAAGAACAGGACAAAAGCCAGGGCUGUGAUCGCGGAGGAAAUUAGAGAGCAAGCAACUCCGACGACGAUCAGGACGGAGGAAAGAGCUUUCAUAGCGCAAGAAGUUAAAGAACAGUUCAAGUACAAGGUUACCGAAACAGAGAUCAACGGUUCCACGUGUAGAACGGCCGUUCUACCUUCCGUCCUUGUUCUCCUCUGUCUCUGCAAAUUUUUGUAAGACUCGAAGAGAACGAUCCUGCAGACCGAUGAACGACAUCGCUGACUGUAAAUAGAAA